AUGGCGAUCCAGCUCAACAUUGGCGCUCUCGAUGUACAAAUCACCGCAGAGCCUCUUACUCAUGAGGCCUUCUCAUCCUUCGGAGACGUCGUCUCCAACCCCCGACCCGACGUCCACCCCUCCUCAUUCGAUGCCCAUGCUCAAUCCCUACCGCCCAACGCCUUCUCAGCGAACCAAGGCUCCGCAAUCCAGUAUCGAAAUGUAAGCCGCCUCAAGAAUCUCUACGGCCAAGCUCCGAGCUGCAAGGGCGAACCCAUCAUGAGCAUCUUCGUCUGCGCUGCAAGAGGUGGCGCCGACGGCUCAUCUUCCGGGGCAAACACAUUCACGGUACGACACCUCGAACGACACCCAUUCACAGCACAGACCUUUACACCAAUGACAUCUACCGCAUCAUCGUACCUGGUCAUUGUCGCUCCGAGCCUCCCGCCUAGCUCUAAAGACGAGGAUUUACCUGUGCCGACUGGAGAGGGGCUACCCGGGAGAGGGUUUCCGGAUCUCAAGCGCCUGCGCGCCUUUGUCGCUACAAGCAGCCAGGCUGUCACUUACGGCGCAGGAACUUGGCAUUCUCCAAUGGUAGUGUUGGGACAGACGGGAACACGGCUGGAUUUCGUGGUAUCGCAGUUUGCUAGCGGUGUUGCUGUUGAGGACUGUCAACUGCUCGAGUUUGUUUCAGACGGCAAGGAUGAGCCUAGCAUUCGGGUUAAGAUACCCCAAAGAGAUUGUGUCAUGUAUUCCACCGAUGCAAAAAAUAAGCUCGAAGACCUGUCUGGCAUUGUUUUGAAGCCAGGCGAGAACCCCUAUGAGGCUUUCAUCCGAGCCUGCAAUGACAAGCCUCAAGAAAUCCAGGCGUUAUAUCAUGCCCACCGCACCAAACGCAACGCUCUUCAGAAGGCAAAGUUCUUGUCCCCAGACUACAAGGAGCUCGUAAUUGACCAAUGCCUCCUUCGCCUUGAAAAUCCAGAGAUGGAGCCCGGCUUCGUCGAUGAGCGCAACUGCUUGACGGUUUGGGCUCGCCCCCCAAUCCACGUGGUCGAGUUGGCUGCACAGAUUCAAGCACGUCUCCAGCAGGCUUCGCCAAAAAUCUGGCUCAUGCCCACUCACAGGAUGCACUUGACCACCCUUGAAGUCGCCUUCUCAAAGACUCCCCCGGAGAUUGGGUCUCUCGUCUCUACUCUACGCCCUGCCAUUCCCUCUAUUGCUUCAUAUACCCACACUCAUCGGUCUCGUCUUGUCAAACCCAUGGUAUCAUACGACCUCUCCGCUUUUGCUCUUUCGUUUCUCCCAGCUUUUGGAGAAACUACUCUUUCACCAGCUCCAGUCACACCUGAUGUGUCUUCCGACGCUGUGGUCCAGGGAGACGACUACACAUAUCACCACCUCCGACGAGACAUCUUUGACAAGGUCAAGGAUGCAGGCGUCGAGAUCGGAUCUCGAUACCAGGUCCCCAGCGCGCAUAUUACACUGGGCAGAUACCUGACAGACGAAGAGCAUGAUACUCCCGAAAAGAGAGAGAAGUGGGUCAAGGCCAUCGAUGACAUCAAUAGCUGGCUGGAGAAUGAGGUGUGGGAUCAGAAAGAUGCUCAGUUUAUCGGCGAGUGGAUUGUUGGACAGGAAAAAGGACUGGAUAUUCGUAAUGGCCCUGUGUGGUAUGGACAUGGCCGCACUGUUUUGCUGGGCGAGGGUUUUUAGACAGCGAAUUUUGUGUAGACACAUCUAGAAUUAGAUAGACAAGACGUAGACAUCGAUACAAAAGACAAACGGGAAUACACAUGCCAUAGAAUCAUCCUUUUGAAUCGAUUGACUUUCAUCUUUUUCAUGUUCGCUAGUCUGAGUUUUUGUCCCGUGAACUAGAGGUUGCCCAGCAAGAGACACCAGGUCGUAGUGAAUUAGAAUACUAUCUCGGCUUGGCUUUUUCCAACCUUAAACACUGCGAGGCAUAUCCCAGUACAAUCGCAUGAAUGCGGUCAUGAAGAAAUCUUUUGUAUUUCGUUUCCUAUGAGCCGCCGUCCUCUACUUAAGGACCAGUAACCCCCCUUCGCCAAGUUCCAUGAUGCCCAUAUGCCGCGAGGAGAAGCAUGAGAAUUGGUAAGACCGGAAAACAACGCAUUUAGAACACCAGAGCAGCACCCUUCGUCUUCUUGUCACCACUGUA